AAGGGAGUCAGUCAACAAUUCCUAAAUCAAUUAAGAUGUUGCUGGGGGCUUGGCAAGCUUCCACCAAAUGCAAAAUACCUGGGUGUAACACUGUUCUUUUCAACCAAUAGAAGUAAAGACCUCAAACAAUAAAAGAAAAUUUGGAAAAUAAGCUUUGUGGCUGGAAGAGUAAAAAUUUAUCUUAGCGAGACAAAGCGACUCUCAUUAAAUCUGUGAAACAGGCCAUCCCGGCCUACACGAUGUCAGCUAUACAAUUCCCCAAAGAGUUCUGCUAUCAGAUGGAUGUUAUUAUCAAACGAUUCCAGUGGAAUCCAAAAUCCAAAUCUAGGUCCUUUUUGACCCCCAUGGCAUGGUCAUCUUUAUAUUGGCCACAAAAGGAAGGUGGUUUGGGAUUUAAAAGAUCAUGGGACUUCAACCAAGCUCUCCUUUCCAAACUUGCAUGGUGGGUUCUAACCGAGAAGAACUGUUUGUGUGUCAAUGUACUCCGGGCUAAAUAUAAAGUCAGAAAUAAUUGGUUGAAUUAGCAAACAGUGGGAAGCUCAUCACCAUUUUGGAGAAGUGUGGAAGGAACCAAAAGUUUGUUAUCUCGGUGUGCUUGCCUCCUGGUAGGAAAUGUGAACUCAAUAAGGACUUGGAAUGACCCUUGGAUUCUUGACCUCCCAUCUUUCAUUCCAAUUCCUAAAGGAGCUAACCCCGGCUCUGCCAUAUUAGUGUCACAAUUACUCAAUCAGAACACUUGGGAUUUAACCAAGAUAAACAGCCUCUUUGAUGAACACACAGUUAAGCUAAUACAGAAAAUCCCCCUCUCUUUAGUCUCCCAGAAUGACAAAUGGACUUGGACCCACACCAUCACAGGAGAUAUGUAAGUCAAGUCUGCAAAUUGGAUAAGCAGAAACACAAUUCCUCCGUCUAACCAAGAUACAACCCGGGGCCAGAUAUGGAAAACAAAAAUCCAUGAUAGGCUUAAAAUGCUUUUAUGGCGAAUUACUGCAGAUUGUCUCCCCACUAAAGUAUUAUUGUCUAGAUUUUCUGAUGUUGGUGACACCAUUUGCCCUCUUUGCAAGUCUGAGGAAGAAUCUUGUCUCCAUCUUUUGCACUCUGCCCUUUUGCAAAGGCCAUUUGGUUCCAUAGCCAAUGGGGCUUAAGAAUGGAAGCCUUGAACUGCUGUCCACUUCCCAAUUAAUCAAGAAGGAGAAGAUGGAUGGAAUAGACAGAGCAAGAGGCUUUGAAAGGCCAAGGCGUAGCUUUAGCAGAAGCGUAAGCAGGAGCAUGAACAAGAAAAGUUGGAGCAUUGAAGAUGUAUUUUCAGGUGCUAGCCACUCUCUCCGAAACAGUCAUGUUGAUGAAGAUGAAGAAGCUCUAAAAUGGGCUGCCAUAGAGAAAUUACCCACCUAUGAUCGCCUCAGAGCAAGUAUUAUAAAUUCUUUUAUGGAUAAUGAGGUUCAUGCUGACAAAAUGAAGCACAAAAAAGUGGAUGUAAGAAAGCUAGAUUUGGAUGACAGACAAAAAUUCAUCAACAGGUUUUUUAAGGUUGCUGAGGAAGAUAAUGAGAAGUUCUUGAAGAAGUUUAGAAAUAGAAUUGAUAGGGUUGGUAUCCAACUUCCUACUGUUGAAGUUAGGUUUAAUCAUUUAACGAUUGAAGCCGAUUGCUAUGUUGGCACAAGAGCUCUUCCCACUCUUCCAAAUGUUGUCUGCAAUAUUGCAGAAUCGGCACUUGGUUUGCUUGGGAUUAGACUGGCUAAGAGAAGAAAAUUAACAAUUGUCAAGGAUGCCUCAGGAAUUAUUAAGCCAUCCAGGAUGACCCUUUUGUUAGGGCCUCCAUCUUCUGGGAAAACAACCCUUUUGCUGGCAUUGGCCGGAAAAUUGGACUCAAGCCUGAAGGUUACAGGAAAAAUCACUUACAAUGGCCACAGGCUAAAUGAAUUUGAGCCUAAGAAGACAUCUGCAUACGUUAGCCAAAAUGAUGUCCAUGUUGGGGAAAUGACUGUGAAAGAAAUUCUAGAUUUCUCUGCAAGGUGCCAAGGGGUUGGAACCCGAUAUGAACUCUUAACUGAACUUGCUAAAAGAGAAAAGGAUGCGGGGAUAUUUCCGGAGGUAGAAGUCGAUCUUUUUAUGAAGGCAACAGCAAUGGAAGGAGUUGAGAGCAGUCUCAUUACUGACUAUACCCUCAGAAUUUUAGGGCUUGAUAUAUGCAAAGACACCAUUGUCGGAGAUGAAAUGCGACGAGGGAUAUCAGGUGGACAGAAAAAACGAGUAACAACAGGAGAGAUGAUUGUUGGGCCCACAAAAACACUAUUCAUGGAUGAGAUAUCAACUGGUCUAGAUAGCUCCACAGCAUACCAAAUAGUGAAAUGCUUGCAGCAGAUUGUACACCUCACUGAGGCCACCAUAUUGAUGUCCCUACUCCAGCCUGCUCCUGAGACGUUCGAUCUGUUUGAUGAUGUCAUUCUCCUAUCAGAGGGUCAGAUUGUCUACCAAGGCCCACGAGAGUACAUACUCCAAUUCUUUGAAACAUGUGGCUUCAAGUGUCCAGAGAGAAAGGGCCCCGCUGAUUUCUUACAAGAGGUUACGUCAAGGAAGGAUCAAGAGCAAUAUUGGACAGAUAGAACAAGACCAUACCACUACACAUCAGUGUCUGAAUUCGCUAGCCAGUUCAAGCGAUUCCAUGUGGGCAUGCAGCUUGAAAAUGAGUUGUCAAUACCUUAUAACAAGGCCAAUGGCCAUAGGGCAGCCCUAGUUUUCAAGAAAUAUUCAGUCCCAAAAAUGGAACUCUUAAAGGCAUGCUUUGACAAAGAAUGGCUAUUGAUUAAGAGGAACUCUUUUAUCUAUGUGUUCAAGACGGUACAAAUUAUUAUAGGGGCAAUCAUACUGGCCACACUUUUUUUGAGGACAACAAUGAACACAAGGAAUGAAGAAGAUGGGGCAGUAUAUAUUGGAGCACUACUAUUUUCCAUGAUGAUUAACAUGUUCAAUGGCUUUGCUGAGGUAUCACUGACCAUUGCAAGGCUUCCAGUUUUUUUCAAGCAGAGAGACAUCCUCUUUCACCCAGUUUGGACUUUCACACUACCAAACAUGGUUCUCCGGAUCCCCAUAUCUGUUCUCGAGUCCGUUGUUUGGACAGUCAUUACAUACUACUCCAUAGGAUUUGCCCCUGAAGCUAGCAGGUUCUUCAAGCAACUACUGUUGGUAUUUCUGUUCCAACAAAUGGCUGCUGGGCUCUUUAGGCUCAUCUCUGCAGUCUGCAGGACUGUGAUCAUUGCCAACACUUGUGGAACUCUCACUCUCCUAUUUGUGUUCCUACUUGGAGGUUUCAUCCUUCCUAGAGGUGAAAUUCUAAAAUGGUGGGUUUGGGGCUACUGGGUCUCACCUAUGUCAUACGGUUUCAAUGCCAUUGCUGUAAAUGAAAUGUUUGCUCCGAGGUGGAUGAACAAAUUGGCUUCAGACAAUGCAACCAGAUUGGGUGUCGCAGUCCUUGAGAGCUUCGGUGUUUUCUCUGACAAAAACUGGUACUGGAUUGGCGCAGGAGGACUGCUCGGGUUCACGGUUCUAUUUAACGUCCUAUACACCUUAGCACUUAUGUACCUUAACCCAAUGGGAAAGCCACAAGCAAUAAUAUCUGAAGAAGCUGCAGAAGAGAUGGAAGCCGACUAUAAAGAACCAAGUCUGAGAAGACCCGUGUCAAAGAGAGAUUCUACUUCUCAAUUAUUGUCUCCUUCUGAUGGAAACAAUACAAGAGAAAUGGAAAUCAUGACUAUGAGCAGCCGAUCUAAUAGUAAUGGAAUAAGUAGAAAUGCUGGUUCGACUCUUGAGAUAGCCAAUGAUGUUGCUCCCAAGAGAGGAAUGGUUCUCCCAUUCACUCCUUUGGCAAUGUCUUUUGACAGUGUGAAUUACUAUGUGGACAUGCCCGCUGAAAUGAAGGAACAAGGAGUAGCAGAUGACAGGCUCCAAUUACUUCGAGGAGUAAUGGGGGCAUUUAGGCCUGGGGUCUUAACAGCACUUAUGGGAGUCAGUGGAGCCGGAAAGACAACAUUGAUGGAUGUUUUAGCAGGAAGAAAAACAGGUGGUUACAUCGAAGGUGAUAUUAGAAUCUCUGGAUUCCCUAAGAUACAAGAAACGUUUGCAAGAAUUUCUGGUUACUGUGAACAAACUGACAUUCACUCGCCUCAAGUCACUGUGCAAGAAUCCUUGAUUUAUUCAGCUUUCCUUCGUCUCCCUAAAGAAGUCAACAUUGAAGAAAAGAUGAUUUUUGUUCAUGAAGUAAUGGAAUUGGUGGAGCUAGACAAUCUGAAGGAUGCUAUAGUGGGGCUUCCAGGAAUUACAGGGUUGUCAACAGAACAGCGGAAGAGGCUGACAAUUGCAGUUGAGCUUGUUGCCAAUCCUUCAAUCAUUUUCAUGGAUGAACCAACUUCAGGUCUUGAUGCAAGGGCAGCAGCCAUUGUCAUGAGGACUGUGAGAAAUACUGUAGAUACUGGAAGAACAGUCGUGUGCACCAUUCACCAGCCUAGCAUUGAUAUUUUUGAAGCCUUUGAUGAUCUACUAUUGAUGAAGAGAGGACAAGUCAUCUACUCUGGACCUUUGGGCCAAAAUUCUCACAAAAUCAUAGAAUAUUUUGAGGCAAUUCCUGGAGUCCCAAAAAUCAAAGAGAAGUGCAACCCUGCAACAUGGAUGCUUGAAGUGAGCUCAAUGGCCGCAGAAGUUAGGCUUGAAAUUGACUUUGCUGAACACUUCAAGUCAUCGUCCUUGCAUCAGAGAAAUAAGGCCUUGGUAAAAGAGUUAAGCACUCCACCACCCGGAGCAGUGGACCUAUAUUUUGCCACACAGUUCUCUCAAUCCACAUGGGAACAGUUCAAAUCUUGUUUAUGGAAGACAUGGUGGACUUAUUGGAGAAGUCCCGAUUAUAACCUUGUUAGAUUCUUUUUCACCUUGGCUGCCGCCCUAAUGGUUGGGACAAUUUUCUGGAAAGUCGGAACUAAAAGGGAGGCUGCAAGUGAUCUUACUGCGAUACUUGGAGCAAUGUAUGCAGCUGUAGUGUUUUUAGGAAUUAAUAAUUGCUCAACAGUACAACCGAUAGUAGCCAUUGAAAGAACAGUGUUUUAUCGAGAAAGAGCUGCAGGGAUGUACUCUGCAUUGCCUUAUGCCCUUGCACAGGUGAUUACUGAAAUACCGUAUGUGCUUGUUCAAACUUCAUAUUAUACACUUAUUGUGUAUGCCAUGGUGGGAUUUCAAUGGACAGCCACAAAAUUCUUCUGGUUCUUCUUUGUCUCCUUGUUCUCCUUCCUAUACUUCACAUAUUAUGGAAUGAUGACUGUUUCCAUGACACCAAACCACCAAGUAGCAUCCAUUUUUGCAGCAGCAUUCUAUUCUGUCUUCAAUCUUUUCUCAGGCUUCUUUAUCCCAGGACCUAAAAUUCCAAAGUGGUGGGUUUGGUAUUAUUGGAUUUGCCCAGUAGCAUGGACGUUGUAUGGAUUGAUUGUGUCACAAUAUGGUGAUAUGGAGGCCACCAUUAAAGUGCCUGGGAUGGUAACUGACCCCACUAUCAGUUGGUAUAUUGAAAACCAUUUUGGGUAUGAUCCCAAUUUCAUGGGGCCUGUUGCUGGAGUUUUGGUUGGCUUCGCAGCCUUCUUUGCAUUCAUGUUUGCCUACUGCAUAAAGACUCUAAACUUCCAGAUCAGAUAGAAGAGAGUUAUGAAAGAAAUUCUUGUUAUAGCAGUUUCUACUAAUCAAAGUGAUUCCUAUAUAUAUAUAUAUAUAUAUAUGUUAAGGAUUUGUAUUUGGUGGUCUACAAAUGUCGUUUGUGAGGCUUGAUGGAAUUCAAGCCAAGGUGGAGAUUUGUAGAAUAUGGCUUGAAUAAGGAGUUCGACCCCUUGUUGGAUUUGGAUAAGGAAGGAAUUUAUUCAUUUUGGGUUACCAUUGUUGGAAGUUAUCAAGCUCUAUUAGAAGUCUUGUCUACUACUUGAUUUGGAAUUCUUUUUGGAAUAAGAAUGAUUCUCCUUUUGUGUGUGGAAAAAAAAUCUAGUCCUUCUUGGUUUUGGAUAUACUAACCGAGUCAAAUCUCCUAUAUAAGCUACGAAAAAUUAGAGAGAAAGAGAAGAGUGUGUGUGUGAGAAAAAUGCUCUCUCUUUUUUGUUUGGUUAUUUGAUAUUUGUGAGUUGCAAUUUGGAAUAGUGAGAGAGGUUUGUUAUCGCUUGGUUUUGGUUUUGCAGUUUGGUGAUUUGUUCUCUCUUUGAUUUGUGCACAAUUGGUAUUCGGUAUUUGGUAUUUGUGAGCCUAUGGUUCUUUGGUUUGUAUUUAGUUCUUUGGUUUUGUAUUUGUGAGAGAGAGCUAUUUAGGUGUAUUUGUGAUUUGGGUUUGUGAGAGUGCCUCUACACCAAUUUGUAUUAUCUCAAAUUUAAUAUAGUGAAAUUUAUUCGUUGUCA